CCCUCCUGCUCCCAAAGCGGAACCAAAGCACCGCGGGGCGUGUUUCUACCCGGGGCAGCCGGAGGAGUGGGACCGUCCUUUUGGCUGCGCAGGGGCGAGCGACGCGGAGUGGGGACGUCGUGCGGCCGCCGCCAUGCCGCAGAACGAGCACAUCGAGCUGCACCGCAAGCGGUACGGCUACCGGCUGGACUACCAUGAGAAGAAGAGGAAGAAGGAAGGGCGCGAGGCUCACGAGCGCUCCAGGAAGGCCAAGAAGAUGAUCGGGCUGAAGGCCAAGCUGUACCACAAGCAGCGGCACGCCGAGAAGAUCCAGAUGAAGAAGACAAUUAAAAUGCAUGAGAAGAGAAAUACAAAGGAAAAGAAUGAGGAAAAGACACCUAAAGGAGCUGUACCAGCAUACCUGCUGGACAGAGAGGGCCAGUCCCGGGCUAAGGUUCUCUCUAACAUGAUCAAACAGAAACGAAAAGAAAAAGCUGGGAAGUGGGAGGUACCUGUGCCAAAGGUCCGUGCACAGGGAGAAACAGAAGUUUUAAAAGUGAUUCGUACAGGAAAGAGAAAGAAGAAGGCCUGGAAGAGAAUGGUUACAAAAGUUUGUUUUGUUGGAGAUGGCUUUACUAGGAAGCCUCCUAAGUAUGAACGAUUCAUUCGACCAAUGGGCUUACGUUUCAAGAAGGCACACGUGACACAUCCUGAACUUAAAGCUACUUUUUGCUUGCCUAUCCUUGGUGUAAAAAAGAAUCCUUCUUCUCCUUUGUAUACAAGUUUGGGUGUAAUUACCAAAGGUACCGUCAUUGAAGUGAAUGUGAGCGAACUGGGCCUCGUGACACAAGGGGGCAAAGUUAUUUGGGGAAAAUAUGCACAAGUAACAAACAAUCCAGAAAAUGAUGGCUGUAUUAAUGCAGUUUUGCUUGUCUAAGUUGUUUGAUACUACACAUUGGACACUGCUUUCUACAAAAUCAGUGCAGUUUCAACAAUUUUGGAAGAUCUCUGGAACCUUCAACCAUUCAGGCAUGCUGUCCUCUCAAGCUCUUGAGGAUCUUAAAUGUGCCAGAAAAGACUGUUCAGAUUGUUAUAUUUAAAAUCUGUUUGUUCAUCUGACCACUGUCCAAAUAAAGAGAUUCCAUUUUAA